AUGGAGGUCCUGUUAGGUGGAAGAGGAUUAAUCGUGUCUCUAAUUUGUUUCCUGUUCAAAUUCUGCACAGCCACUGAAAUACCACUUUCAGUUCAGCAGGUUCCAACAAUCAUAAAACAGUCAAAAGUGCAAGUUGCCUUUCCCUUUGAUGAAUAUUUUCAAAUUGAAUGUGAAGCUAAAGGAAAUCCAGAACCAACAUUUAUGUGGACUAAGGAUGACAAGCUUUUUGAUCUCUCUGACUCCCGGAUCAUUGUGUCUAACAACUCAGGAACAUUUAAGAUCCCGAAUGAGGGGCACAUAUCUCAUUUUCAAGGGAAAUACCGCUGCUUUGCUUCUAAUAAACUGGGAGUUGCUAUGUCAGAAGAAAUAGAAUUUAUAGUUCCAAAUGUUCCAAAAUUCCCAAAAGAAAAAAUUGACCCUAUUGAAGUGGAGGAGGGAGAUCCAAUUGUCCUCCCGUGCAACCCUCCCAAAGGCCUUCCACCUUUACACAUUUAUUGGAUGAAUAUUGAAUUAGAACACAUCAAACAGGAUGAAAGAGUAUACAUGAGUCAAAAGGGAGAUCUGUACUUUGCAAAUGUGGAAGAAAAAGACAGUCGAAAUGAUUACUGUUGCUUUGCCGCAUUCCCAAGAUUGAGGACUAUUGUGCAGAAAAUGCCAAUGAAACUAACAGUGAACAGUUUAAGGCAUGCUAAUGACUCAAGUUCAUCCACAGAAAUUGGUUCCAAGGCAAAUUCGAUCAAGCAAAGAAAACCCAGACUGCUGUUGCCACCUCCUGAAAGUGGCAGUGAGUCCUCUAUUACCAUCCUCAAAGGGGACACCUUGCUGCUUGAGUGUUUUGCUGAAGGCCUGCCAACUCCAAAGGUCAGCUGGAACAAAAUAGGUGGUGAUUUACCCAAAGGAAGUGAAACAAAAGAAAAUCAUACCAACACUUUGAAGAUAGAGAAUGUUUCCUACUGGAACAGAGGGAAUUAUCGCUGCACAGCCAACAAUUUCUUAGGAUCAACCACUCAUGAUUUUCAUGUUAUAGUAGAAGAGCCUCCUCGCUGGACAAAGAAACCUCAGAGUGGUGUGUAUAGCACUGGGAGCAGCGGUAUCUUGUUGUGUGAGGCAGAAGGAGAGCCUGAGCCCACAAUCAAGUGGAGGGUCAAUGGCUCCCCGAUUGACAAAAAUCCAUUUGCUGGUGAUGUUGUCUCCCCUGGGGAAAUCAGUUUUACCAACCUACAACCAAAUCAUACUGCUGUGUACCAGUGUGAAGCCUCGAAUGCCCAUGGAACGAUCCUUGCCAAUGCCAAUAUUGAUGUUGUAGAUGUCCGUCCCCUGAUACAAACUGAAGAUGAAGAAAACUAUGCCACAGUGGUUGGGUACAGUGCUUUCUUACACUGCGAGUACUUUGCUUCACCUGAGGCCAUAGUGUCCUGGCAGAAGGUGGAAGAAGCAAAACCUCUUGAAGGUAGACGGUACCAUAUCCAUGAAAAUGGUACAUUGCAGAUUAACAAAACCACAGAAGAUGAUGCUGGCUCAUACUCUUGUUGGGUGGAAAAUGCUAAAGGAAAAACUGCAGUGACAGCCACUUUGGAUAUCAGAAAUGCUACAAAACUUCAAGUUUCUCCUAAGAACCCUCGUGUCCCCAAACUGCAUACACUUGAAUUACAUUGUGAGAGCAAGUGUGACCCGCAUUUAAAGCACAGUUUGAAGUUGUCCUGGAGUAAAAAUGGAGAAGCCUUUGAAAUUAAUGCCACAGAGGACGGCAGGAUAAUUAUCGAUGGAGCUAAUUUGACCGUAUCUAAUGUCACCUCAGAGGACCAAGGUAUUUACUCCUGUUCAGCUCAAACUGCACUGGAUAGUGUUGCUGAUGUAACUCAAGUAACCAUCCUCGAUGUUCCGGAUCCACCAGAAAACCUACACUUGUCUGAAAGACAGAACCGGAGUGUUCGGCUGACGUGGGACGCCGGAAACGAUCACAAUAGCCAUAUUAGUGAGUACAUUGUUGAAUUUGAAGGAAACAAGGAGGAACCUGGAAGAUGGGAGGAACUGGCUAGAGUCCAAGGAAAAGAAACAACAGUCAUAUUAUCUUUGGCUCCAUAUGUGAGGUAUCAGUUCAGGGUCAUCGCAGUGAAUGAAGUAGGGAGAAGCCAACCUAGCCAGCCAUCAGACCACCAUGAAACACCUCCAGCAGCUCCAGACAAGAAUCCACAAAACAUAAGAGUUCAAGCUUCUCAACCCAAGGAAAUGAUUAUAAGAUGGGAGCCUUUGAAAUCCAUGGAGCAGAAUGGACCAGGACUAGAGUACAGAGUGAUGUGGAAGCCACAGGGAGCCCCCGUGGAGUGGGAAGAAGAAACAGUCACAAACCACACCCUGCGCGUGAUGACACCUACUGUCUAUGCUCCUUAUGAUGUCCAAGUACAAGCCAUCAAUCACCUUGGCUCUGGCCCUGAGCCUCAGUCAGUGAUUCUCUACUCUGGGGAAGACUAUCCUGAUACAGCUCCAGUGAUCCACGGGGUGGACAUUAUAAACAGCACAUUAGUUAAAGUUACGUGGUCGACAAUUCCAAAGGACAGAGUACAUGGACAUCUAAAAGGAUAUCAGGUAAAUUGGUGGAAGACAAAAAGUCUGUUGGAUGGAAGAACACAUGCCAAAGAAGUUAACAUUCUGAGGUUUUCAGGACAAAGAAACUAUGGAAUGGUUCCUUCUCUAGAUGCCUUUAGUGAAUUUCAUUUAACAGUCUUAGCCUAUAAUUCCAAAGGUGCUGGUCCAGAGAGUGAGCCUUAUAUAUUUCAAACACCAGAAGGAGUACCUGAACAACCAGAUUUUUUGAAGAUCAUCAAAGUUGAUAAAGACACUGCCACUCUAACCUGGGGUCUACCUAAGAAAUUGAAUGGAAACUUGACUGGCUACCUAUUACAGUAUCAGAUAAUAAAUGACACCUAUGAACUUGGAGAACUAAAUGAUAUCAACAUUACCACUCCAUCAAAGCCCAGCUGGCGUCUCUCAAACCUCAAUUCAACUACCAAGUACAAAUUCUACUUGAGAGCUUGUACUUCAAAGGGCUGUGGAAAACCAAUCACAGAGGAAGGCUCCACGUUAGGAGAAGGCAGUAAAAGUAUCGGGAAGAUAUCAGAAGGAGUAAAUCUUACUCAAAAGACUCACCCAGUAGAGGUAUUUGAGCCUGGAGCUGAACAUAUAGUUCGCCUAUUGACUAAGAAUUGGGUUGAUAAUAAUAGCAUUUUUGAAGAUGUAAUUGAGACAAGAGGGAGAGAAUAUGCUGGUUUGUAUGAUGACAUCUCCACUCAAGGCUGGUUUAUUGGAUUGAUGUGUGCGAUUGCUCUUCUCACACUAAUCCUAUUAACUGUCUGCUUUGUGAAGAGGAACAGAGGUGGAAAGUACUCAGUGAAAGAAAAAGAAGAUCUGCAUCCAGAUCCAGAAGUUCAGUCAGUAAAAGAUGAAACUUUUGGUGAAUACAGUGACAGUGAUGAGAAACCUCUCAAAGGAAGCCUUCGAUCCCUUAACAGGGAUAUGCAGGCCACAGAAAGUGCUGACAGCUUAGUCCAGUACGGAGAAGGCGACCACGGUCUGUUCAGCGAAGAUGGAUCCUUUAUCGGCGCGUACGCUGGAUCUAAGGAGAAAGGAUCUGUUGAAAGCAAUGGCAGUUCUACAGCAACAUUUCCACUCCGAGCGUAAAUGUAUCACAUGUAAACAUCAGUGGUUUCACACCAACCUUCCAUAUUUAUCUGUUCGAGGGAGCAAGAACUUUCACAUAGGAAUAGAAACGUGUUGGCAUAAGAUUUCAUCCAGAAUUUGAACAUCUUGUAAUUAUGUUGAGAGAAUAGCACUGCCUUGAAAAAAUAAAAUACCAAGCACUACAGGCCUAUAUUGUUUGUUUUGUUUUGUUUUGUUUUUCAGGUGCUGAAAAUUCAGAACAUAAAACAGAUCCUGUAUUUAGAUUCACCUCAACUGAAUCCAAAGUAUCCCUUCAGUGUACUCCAUUUUUGCCUGGUUUUACUGUUCACUGUGUUCGCAUUGUUGUUGCUACCUUGUGGUUUUUCCUCUGUGUGCACAUUUGUAUUCAGUCUCUGAGAACUGUCUUAGUGACUUUGCUUCACGACAGGUAAAAAGAUGGGAGGCAAACUGGUUAUUUAAAAUGUAAAGAGGAAUUUGAAUGUCUUAUUAAAACAGUUCAUUGAAUAUAUACAGUCUAAAUCUAUUAUUUAAUUUUUUUUGUAGCAGGAGUCCUAGGUAAACUAUCAACUCGUAUUUAUUGAGCGCCUAACUGUUUGCCCAGAGAUGGUCAUGUUUAAACAGAAUUCUGACUUUUUCAGUUUUAACAUGAAUCUUUUGGUUAUAUCACUUAUGACAUCUAGAACCAUCUUUGGUUUUUGUUCUUUUAUUGGACUAAAUUCAGCUGCAAAGGAUGCAGUUAUCUGAUGAAAGAACAGGCCAAGGGAUCCGGGAUGCUGGAGUCUCCUAGCUACAUCUAUUUAAUAUCUUCAUUUCUAAAUUGACCACUUUUACCUUUUUUUCUAUGUUUAUAUAAUGGUAUGCUUGCAUAUAUUUCAUGAAUGCAUUGUACAUAUUAUGUUAAUAUUUACACAAUUUAAAAUACAGAUGUGUUUUAUUUUGAAGUGAGAAAAAGAACAUGAACAGGCAUGUUUGUACAGCUAAAGUAUAUAGUAAGAUAACAUUUUUCAUCAUUCCAGAGCUACAGCCAACAACACGAGGUUCCAAAACUGAAGACUUUGUAUAAAGCGUUUGGAUUUUGUUCUUAUAUUGCUUUUUCCAACAGUCUCAAAAUAAAAUAUCAUAUAAAUAUUGAGGGAAAUGUUUUCAUAUUUUUCAAAAUAAGGUUUCAUUGUGAGUAUAUUCCUACCCCAGCCCCCAAAAGAAAAACUGUUUACAGUAGACAUUUCUAUAAAGGGUUUGCCUUUCACAUUUUAAACAUCUUCACGGUGGGAUCUCUGUUCUUUUGUCAAAGUCAGCACAAAUUCAGGGAAUUCAUUUUCUGGCAUGUGGGCUACUAGUCCUUCUAAAAUUGUACAUGAAAAUGGUUUAAAAAUAUUAUGAAGGACUGUGCAUGCAUGCCAGUAAAAUCCAGUGUUCAACUUCUCACUUUAUGGAAAGAUUUUUUAACCCUACCAUGAAAUUCUUGAUUAUGUUUAAGUGAAAGUGAAAUCACAGAUUUUCCUUUAGUUUUUGAACUGUAGCUAUGGCUAUACAUUGUUAAACCCUGACUUUGAUUUAUGCAGCCCACCGUAUUUCUUGUGGACCGAAAUUAGGGAUGUUUGUAAUGGUCAGUGCAGUAAUCCACAUGGAGCAUCUAAUGGUCAUUUUUUACCUAGUGCGUCCUCCAAAAUGCAUGGGCAGCAAAAGAAUGUCUUAUUUAAAACAAUACGUCAUGGGCUCAGGAUUUGACCAAACUCCCAGAAAUCAGAGUUUCCAAAAGGAAGGGCAUCUUGGUCCUCCUUGUGUACAAGGGGCCACACUUCCAUCAGUGCACCUUGAGUUUCAUCCCCGUCAGAUUUCUAAAGCAUUUUCUGGAGGAAGAAUUCUCAUGUUUUGACAUACCCGGGAAGAAUUUCUGGCCCUCAGCCACCGAUGAGGCCAAGGCUGGCACUUCCGAGUACAGUUCUGCUAUUAGUCUAGUUCCUUUUCUUUGUCAUCAGCCAAGACGGUUUUAAGAGAAUCAUGCAGGUUGGAAACACUAUCCAGAAAGCAUUAGAAGUAGAUUUAUUUUGAAUUUAAUAAUCUUUAAAUUAGAACUUAACACGACUACUGCAGUGUUUGAUUUUCCUAGACCUCAGUGUUUCCCUUUAGCAGUCUGAGUAACAGGGAUGUUCCUUUUCCUAUUUUCUCAAAGACCAAAACUUACUUACAGACAUGAAGCAUGAGGUUAUGUUAUGACUGCCUCUUGCUGUUAUUCUCUAUACGUUUUCUUAAUACCAUUUGGCUUCUACUAAGAAUCUUCAGUGCAGAAGAAUUGGUUCAGAACUAACUUUCUCUGUUAACUGUCAAUAUUAUUUUAAUGUAAUAGAUUGUAUAUAAUCUCAAGGAUUGUUGGUGGGGAUGAGUUCCUAGAGAACUGUCCAAAGGUUGGAAAAAUCCAAGUUCUCUUCCUGGUUCCAGCGCUGAUCUUGUACAUAAACCUUAGGCACGUUGCUUGACCCCUUUGCUUCGUACUGUCUCAACUAUGAAGUGCUAAUGAUGAUCUCAGUUACCUUAUCUUUGUCACAGGGUGUUCUUUUUUAUGAAGAAAAAUCUGAAAAUGAUCAAAGCUAAGAUGCCUUGUAACUUCAUAAACCGUUAAUCCAACGAUGUAUCAAAAGUCACCCCACACAUACCAACUCAACUUUUUUCCUGUGAGCACAUAAAUAUAUUUUUAUAGAAAGACAAAUCUACAGGAAAUAAAAUCUGCUGUUCAGUGAGCAGUAUGAUUUGCACAUGCCAUCAAAAAUUAUUAAUCAGAAAACAAGUAAGCAGGGUCUUUGCUAUACAAAAGUGUUUUUCACUAAUUUUGCAUGUGUAUUUAUAAGAAAAUGUGAAUUUGGUGGAUUAUUCUAUCGGUGUAAAGGCAUCUGAUAUUUUAGAUGUACCCAUGUUUAUAAAGGUGUAAAGCACAAUGAAAUUAUGCUGGAAGUCUCAAAUAAUAUUUUUUCCUAUUUUAUAUUCAUGGAAGAGAUGAGAUAGAGAGAGAACAAUAAUGAGAAAUGUUGGUGUGUUUUUCUAAGCAUUUAAAACAUAGUUGCCAAUCGAAGCCCUAAAUAUGUUUACAUGCCAUUAAGAUAUGAUUCUUGUAACAAUUUUAAAUUGAUUAUAACGGGGUUGGGUUUGUAAUUUGUGGUAGUAUAUAUCCUAGUGUUCCCAUAGUAAAAUAAAUAGGGUUGAGCCAAAGCUUACUUUGUUUUGUGUCUUAAAUUGUUUGAUUACAUCUUCAAAAGCGAUGAAAGGUAUGUAGAACUGGUUUACCUGAUUACUUUUUUUGGCUUAGAUUAAUAUUCAUAGUAGAACUUUAUUAAAAUGUGUUUGUAUCGUAGGUGGUGUUUGUAUUAUGCUUAUGAAUAUGUAUGGUUUAAAAAUAUUUUCAUUAUACAAGAAAUUCAACUUUCCAAAUAAAAGUUCAACUUCAUGUACUCUAAAAAUGUUUGUAUUCUUUUCUGUCUAGAUAAGAAGAAUCAGAAUUUCUAUAUCCACCUUACCUUCAGGUGCCUCUGAUCCUGGAAUGUCAAUAAAUGAAGUAUAAAUUAAUAAAGCACAAGUGACAUAUAAGUAAAAGUAUUUUGAUCCGAAUGACUAUACAUACAAAUAGACCAUAUAAUAACAACAUCUGCAAAAUGUAAUAAGCCAAUAAAUUCUGUACUUAAUGAUAAAUGUAAAAUUAAGACGAAUAUAUAUAUUCAUUUGAUUAUUUUUAGAACAAUGUAGACCUGUCAGUUUUCAAGAAAAUGUUCAAUAUUCUAUACUUUCAAAUAAGGUUAGCGAGUAAUUGGGACACCCAAUCUACUAAAAAUUAUAAUUUUUGAAAAGUGUUUUACGUGUACUAAGCAUGUUAUAUACAUUAUCACAUUUAACCUCUAAAACAAUAUUCUGUUUGUAGAAUUAAGGCACAACAUGAUUAAAAAAUGUGGUAAAUGUAACCAGCAUGGGCUCGAGGUGGAAAUUAAACCCAGUGCGGUUUGACUCUAAAA